GAGCGGCGAGUGGUGUGCGUCAUUUCGUUCCGUCCUGUACGUGUUUUUCGUGGCGCGUUCGGAGAGACUCUUUCACUCUCUGUCUUUCUCUCUCUCGGCGUGUGACGCGCGCGUGGCUCGAUUUCUCUUUUCUUUUCAUCGUUUUAUUUCGCGCUCGCGAAUUUCAUCGUCGCCCGGGGAUUGUGAAACGAUCGAGUGACAUUAUCGAAUGACGCGUUUCGCAAAAGGCGGAGUGGUGUUCUUUUCCAGUGUUACACUUUAUUGUGCCAACCGUCGGUCUUCUCGCCUCACUUCACUUCUCUCUCUUUCUUUUUUCUUCCGGCGGGCAUCUUGUUGGCUGUUACUCGACUUGAUUACGAGACUGGCCCCGUUGUCGGAGACGUUUGCUCGGAAAGAGCGUCUCUUCGACGGACGAUUACUCCGAUAGCGAGGAUAUAUACACAGUGUAAAAUUCUGUGCGCACGCUUGCGACCGAUCGGCUCUGUCUUCUUCCUGGAAUCCAGGGAUUUGUUGUCUUCAAUUAAUUUUAAAUGACAAUCGGUGGAGGCGAUAAUGAAGCGUGAAAGUUAUCGUUGAUUCGGAUAUCCUGCAGGACCAUUUGUUUCCAGGAUGGAUGCGUCGCUGCAAAUUUUGACUUUAAUCAGCUUAGCUGCGCAAAAUGUGGCUUGGCCGCAGGACCCCAUUCCUAGACUGCACAUCAAACAUCGUGAGGUAAUGGGCCAACGAUUCCUGGGCAAUGAGAGCCACGUGGAGCACUUUAAGCUCCUAGACCGUGCAGCAACCUCUAUCCUGAUUGGUGCCAGGAACGCCAUUUACAACGUAAGUCUGCACGACCUAACGGAGAUCGUCGACCAGAGAUUGCAGUGGUCCAGCACCGAUGCGCACCAGCAGCUUUGCAACUUGAAGGGCCGCGACCCCGACGAAUGCCAGAACUACGUAAGGGUAUUCGGCAGACAGGGCCCCGAUCACUUUCUCGUUUGCGGCACGAAUGCCUACAAGCCGCUCUGCAGACAGUUCACGAUCAAGGAUGGAGCAUACGUGAAGAAAAGCGAAAUAGAUGGUUUGGGGCUUUGCCCUUACGAUCCACGACACAAUAGCACGGCAGUUUUUGCUGAGGGACAGUUAUACGCCGCGACAGUGGCCGACUUCACCGGUGGCGAGCCGCUAAUUCACAGGGAGAAAAUUCGCACCGAACGCUCGGAUCUCAAUCAGUUGAACGGUCCCAACUUUGUCAGCUCGUUUGCGUAUCAGGAUUACGUAUUCUUCUUCUAUCGCGAGACAGCCGUAGAAUACAUGAAUUGUGGGAAGGCGGUCUACUCGCGAGUCGGCAGAGUCUGUCAGCACGAUAAGGGCGGGCCUCACGCAUUUAGCGACAGAUGGACGAGUUUCCUGAAAGCAAGGCUCAACUGUUCGGUACCGGGAGAGUACCCCUUCUAUUUCAACGAAAUACAAUCAACGAGCGAUGUUACGGAGGGUCGAUACGCGGGUAAAUCUGCGCGUCUGGUGUAUGCGGUUUUCACGACUCCUGUGAACUCCAUCGGAGGCUCGGCUGUCUGCGCGUUCUCCAUGGACAACAUUCUCGAGGUCUUCCAGAGUGCUUUCAAGGAACAGGAAACUAUAAACAGCAAUUGGCUGCGAGUACUUCCGGAAAAAGUACCUGAGCCCAGACCCGGUGCUUGUGUCAACGACUCUAGGACGCUUCCGGACAUCACUGUCAAUUUCGUCAAGGCUCAUCCCCUCAUGGAUGAUGCGGUGCAGUCCUACUUUUCAUUACCUGUGAUAACUAAAACCAGUUUUAAUUACAGAUUUACCAAAGUCGUUGUAGAUUCUCAAGUGAAAGCAUUGGAUGGUAAAGCUUAUGAUGUGCUCUACAUCGGAACAGAUGACGGCCGUGUUCUGAAGGCACUCAACACACGCGCACCCGAGACACGUGUCAACGUGAGCCAAGUUAUCGUCAGCGAUGUGCAGGUAUUAAAAUUCGGCCAAGCGGUCAAAGACCUUUUGGUGGUUCAUUUGGCCGGUGAAGCGAGCAAAUUAAUGGUGUUCGCGGAUUCUGAGAUUCGCGCGGUACCUUUACAUCAUUGCGACUCACCCGCCGCGGCUACCUGCAAAACUUGCGUCGCUUUGCAGGAUCCCCACUGCGCCUGGGACGCAAUUGCGAAUCUCUGCGUCGCGGUACCGACAAAACUCCACGAUAGCGACAAUAGCAAAACGCUAUUCCAAGAUAUCCCGACCGGGAGGCAUAGAAACUGCGGAUACGAGCAAGAAAUGACGAAGCCCGUACAACCAGCGGCGGCGCCCGAAAUUGGGCGCGACGAGCAGCCCGAUGAACGGGACAAUGAAAUCGUCAUCGAACUGGAUCGGGAAAAUCAAUACGGCCGUACGCAGCCAAGGGCUAACGAGCCUCAAGGCGUGACAGUCACUCCGGUGGUAUAUUCGGCCCAAACGUUGACUGGUGCUCUGAUAGGCACUUGCUUAUGCUCCCUGGUAGCUGGUUUCGCUUUUGGCUUCUGGUUUAGUCAAAGAUUACGUGGCUCGUCGUAUCCGGAACCUUCCGAGCAGCGGCAACAACUCAACCGACUGACCGAAAGCUCGGAAUCACCCGGAUUCAACAAUAAAUCUAUCAAUCUCGUGCUGAAUGUGCCGCCUAAGAACCCAAACGGCAAGAAUGCUAAUUCGUCCGCGGAAAACAAGCCGGUGCAGAAAGUGAAGAAAACAUAUAUAUGAUACAGAAGACGACACAGAGCCGUCUGAGGCUUGUCA